GAAGAAAUGCCACCACUUUCCUUUCUUCUGCCCGCGCUUAAAAGAAGCAGAGGUAUUUGCAGAGCCCGCGGCCAUUGAUUUUCCCAUUCCUUUGUCCUAUAACCGUCUUCAAGUAAAACCCAUUUKCGGGAUUGUAAGUUCAAAGUUGAGGUUCUGAUUAGGUUUUUGGAUCUUUGAGGCAUGGCGAUGCUCGUUUUGGUUGUUGUGUUUGUCUUUGAUCUGGUUGCUUUUGCGCUUGCUGUUGCCGCAGAGCAGAGAAGAACCACUGCUGCGGUCGUUCAAUCAGGCAAUACUAGAUUCUGUGCCUAUGAUUCUGAUAUUGCAACUGGCUUAGGUGUGGGUUCACUUCUGUUCCUAUUUGCUAGCCAAGUGAUCAUAAUGGUGGCAAGCCGAUGCUUAUGCUGCGGUAAGUCUUUGCGACCCAGCGGUUCGAGGGCUUGGGCAGUGACCCUUUUCAUCACUUGCUGGGUAUGUUUUCUCAUUGCUGAGACAUGUCUGCUGGCGGCUUCGGUGCGGAAUGCCUAUCAUACCAAAUAUAUGAGCUCUAUUGUGAACGAGCAAAUUUCGUGCAAGAUGCUGAGGAAGGGAGUGUUCGGGGCCGGGGCUGCUUUCAUUGUCUUCACAUGUGUAGCGUCGGAGCUCUUCUAUGUUAGCUUUUCCAAGGCUCAUGACCAGACUUCCUCCUUCGCCAAGGACACUGGCAUUAGAAUGGCAAACCUAUAGAAGGUGAGGAGCUCCUUUAUUAGAGUUGGGAUUUAUAGGAUUUUGUCAGUCAUGUGUGACUUGUUCAUAUGAAAAUGAACAACUUAGAAUAACAGAUUACUUGUUGAAUAUAGUUUGUACAAAUAUGAUUGAUAGUUGAGUGAAGAUUUUAUGUUGUUUGCCUUCUGUUGUAUGCUGUGUCAAUGACUCCGUCUCACUGAAGUUUAUUACAGUUUGGACUGUUGCUUUGACAAUUUUGAACUCUUCUUUUGUUCUCAAA